ACUCUCGCCGCGGUCUCCUGGCGGCGGCGGCUUUGUCUCGUGGGCUGGUCCCCAGCGGCUCCCUCCCGGAACAGCUGCUGCUCGAGGGAGGAAGCGGCGCGGGUGCUGUCCAGCAUCCCGGUGCUGAAAACCAGGGGGCUCGUCAUCCACCACUACCAUGUAAGGGCCAUGAGAAGGGCUCGUCCUAGCGCAGCGCGGACAUGGAGGAGGACUUAUUCCAGCUAAGGCAGCUGCCGGUUGUGAAAUUCCGUCGCACAGGUGAGAGUGCAAGGUCAGAGGACGACACGGCUUCAGGAGAGCAUGAAGUCCAGAUUGAAGGGGUCCGCGUGGGCCUAGAGGCUGUGGAGCUGGAUGAUGGGGCAGCUGUGCCCAAGGAGUUUGCCAAUCCCACCGAUGAUACUUUCAUGGUGGAAGAUGCGGUGGAAGCCAUUGGCUUUGGAAAAUUUCAGUGGAAGCUGUCUGUUCUCACCGGCUUGGCUUGGAUGGCUGAUGCCAUGGAGAUGAUGAUCCUCAGCAUCCUGGCGCCACAGCUGCAUUGCGAGUGGAGGCUCCCAAGCUGGCAGGUGGCAUUGCUGACCUCGGUGGUCUUUGUAGGCAUGAUGUCCAGCUCCACGCUCUGGGGAAAUAUCUCAGACCAGUACGGCAGGAAAACAGGACUGAAGAUCAGCGUGCUGUGGACGCUGUACUAUGGCAUCCUUAGUGCUUUUGCGCCCGUGUAUAGCUGGAUCCUGGUGCUCCGGGGCCUGGUGGGCUUUGGGAUUGGAGGAGUUCCCCAGUCGGUGACGCUGUAUGCUGAGUUCCUUCCCAUGAAAGCCAGAGCUAAAUGUAUUUUGCUGAUUGAGGUUUUCUGGGCCAUUGGGACAGUGUUCGAGGUCGUCCUGGCUGUGUUCGUGAUGCCCAGCCUGGGCUGGCGUUGGCUGCUCAUCCUCUCGGCUGUCCCGCUCCUCCUCUUUGCCGUGCUGUGUUUCUGGCUGCCGGAAAGUGCAAGGUAUGAUGUACUGUCAGGGAACCAGGAAAAGGCAAUCGCCACCUUAAAGAGGAUAGCGACAGAAAAUGGAGCUCCCAUGCCGCUGGGGAAACUCAUCAUCUCCAGACAGGAAGACCGAGGCAAAAUGAGGGACCUUUUCACGCCCCAUUUUAGAUGGACAACUUUGUUGCUGUGGUUUAUAUGGUUUUCCAAUGCAUUCUCUUACUACGGGUUAGUUCUACUCACCACAGAACUCUUCCAGGCAGGAGAUGUCUGCAGCAGUCUACCCCACGGCAACGCGGGCCCUCGGCCUGGGCACCUGCAGUGGCAUGGCAAGAGUGGGUGCUCUCAUCACUCCGUUCAUUGCCCAGGUGAUGCUGGAAUCCUCUGUGUACCUGACUCUGGCAGUUUACAGUGGCUGCUGCCUCCUGGCUGCCCUGGCCUCCUGCUUUUUGCCCAUCGAGACCAAAGGCCGAGGAUUGCAGGAGUCCAGCCACCGGGAAUGGGGCCAGGAGAUGGUCGGCCGAGGAAUGCACGGUGCAGGUGUUACCAGGUCGAACUCUGGCUCUCAGGAAUAGUGACCGACGUGGGACUGUGCUGGUCUUUGAGGCUGCAGAGCUCGGGGGGCUGGCGGGCCCUAACCGGGGCACUGAUUGUCACUGCCGACAUCAAGAACUCACCCAAGAGUACGACCUGGACCAACAAGGUUUUAUGUCUUGAAUCAGUUUGCUCAUCUUCAUUGAGGUCCACCCAGGGAUGGGGAGAUACUUGCUCUAGGGGGUUCUCUGUAUAUGUGGUGAAAGGUUUGUUCAUAACCUGUGGAUCUACAUGGGAAAACUACCCAUAUUAGGAGGGUCUGGUGAUGCCAGCAACCAAUCAGACACCACCCAGAGUCACCUGGCCACACCCUCAGUGAACAACCAAAAGAUUUCUCUGUAGAUACCGUCCAGGCUCAGGCCCAUGUGACACCUGCUGUCCACCCACCAGACCUGUUCAGUAGGUUUCCCCCACACCCACCGACCCAGGCUUUCUUCUUUGAAAUGACAGGUGAUCUAGGUGUGAUCUGAGCAGCUAUUUCCUGACAGGGGCCCCCUGUUUGCCUCCCUAGAACCUGACCAGUGGAUUCUCUGGCAGAUGGACAUGGUGCAUUCAAACUGGAGCUACGUGCCCCCACCCAGCCCCCUUGGGAGUUGCCAUCGUUGGCACCAAGAGAUCCAGAUGUGUCCCUGGGGACAGCUGGACUUGCACCAGGUGACCUCAGAAUGCUGUUACCCCCUGGGAACUGAGGACUGAGGCCAAAGUGAAUCAAGCUCAAGCCAGAGCAGGGGCCUCCCCUUCUGAGGCAGCGAAGGCCACGGUUCCAGCUUCUUUCCUGGCCCCCUCCUUGGUCAGGUUGAAUGGUGACCUUUUUUUUUUUUUUUUUUUUUGAGACAGAGUCUUGCUCUGUCGCCCAGGCUGGAGUGCAGUGGUGGACUCUCGGCUCACUGCAACUCUGCCUCCCGGGUUCAAGCAAUUCUCCUGUCUCAGCCUCCCGAGUAGCUGGGAUUACAGGUGCCCACCUGUACUUUUUUAGUAGAGACAGGGUUUCACCAUGUUAGCCAGGCUGGUUUUGAACUCCUGACCUCAAGUGAUCCACCUGCCUCGGCCUCCCACAGUGCUGGGAUUACGGGGUGUGAGCCACUGCACCCCGCCUGAAUGAUGACUCUUGAGGGGAAAAAGUUUACUCAGGUUGCAGGUACAAAAUCCAAAAUCCAGGGCUUUGGGUUUUGUGCAUGGGUAGACAGCUGAAUGGGCAGAGAAACCAAAAGGAUGCUUCACCCACCAUCUCGUCCCAUGGGAAUCAGGGGACCAGGAUUCCCUGCUGUGAAGCUGCUCCUCUGUCCAGGGCCAUCUUGGUCAUUACCCAAAGGCAGCCCCUGGGGUUCCAUUCAUGGAGCCUGCUGUGGAGUGGAGAGAGGUGGGAGGACUCAGGUGUAUGAAAUGUAUAUAUUUUCAAAGGAAGAGGAGGGAGGCCAAUUGGUUUUGAGUUGGUCUCCGCAGGCGACAUCACUUCCGGGAUUUGGUUUACUGGAGCCUUUUUUCCCCAUGGUGAAGGCAGGGGACCUAGACAAGGAGGGAAGAAGCUGGCAGAUCCCAUCAAAGGCCAGAACAGACUGACCUACUGCUUGAAGUAAACAUUGCAAGGAAGCCAAUUUGUGCGUUCAUCUCUUAUUAAAACAUGUCAGUGAUGGACAUUGCAA